AAACAUUUCCUCAGUAGUUCAGCAGCUGAUGUGACUGACACACACACACAUCUGCACAAACACUGUCCGGACCUUUAACUGAACAGAGACAGAUAAGAGGGAGCAAGGACUGCCCUGAGGAAAGAGUCCCUGCAGAUGGAGGCAAUCAAAAGACGCCGGAAAAAACAAAAGGAGCAUGGACCAGCCAGUCCCAGCAGGACGGCCCAAGACGGAGAGAGGAGGAAGAGGAGAAAUCGAAGAAGACGGAACACAUCACAUGAUAAAGGAGACACAGAUGUGAAAAGUGAAAGCACAGGAACAGCUGAGAUGGAGGCUCAGACCACGAGCAGCCAGACUCAGGAGAGUGUACCAACAGAGACACAAUAUGUGGAGGAAGACAACCUGCAAACUGUGGACAACAGUGGAGAGGAGCGCCACAAAGAUGCUAAGAUGGUAGAAGCUCAGACUCAAACAAGGAAACAGAAAGGCACAAAUAGAUGCACACAAACUCCAGUUGUUCGUCAGAGCACCCAGGAAACACAGACAGACUUCGAUGUGCCAAAACAAGACGACACACCUAAAAAGACUGAGACACACAAUGCUGCUGAGACGCAGCCAGAACAGGACAAACCUACACCUGAAACCACACCGCAAGACGCUGCUCAGACUCAGAAUGAAAAUCCAGACAGUGAGCGAACGUCAUCAGAUUCAGCCAAGAAACGAAAACCUGAGAAAGAGUCAAAGGAGAAGAAUCCCUCUGCAGGAGACUCGCAAGGUGAAGAAGGUGCCAACCUGAAGUCUUACGCCAAAGCUGUGUCGGGAGAGGGCACCAGUCAGAAACAGCCCAGUGUGGAAGCCUCCAAAGCCGCAGAUAAAACCACAAAAACACCCCAAAGCACACGUGAUCGAAGCCCAGUGAGAGCUCCGCCAUCUGUUCCCAUGUUCACCGUUCACAUCUACGCUGUGCUGGACAAGAAGUUCAGAUUCAACACACAGUAUGACACGCUCCUGAUGUGUUAUGAGGGAGGGUGUUUACCCUUUAAGAUAACACAUUUUGUAGGACUAAAAGAGGAAGGCUAUCUGAUAGAAGCAAGUCUUUCUGUCGAAGAACGGGAGCUGAGGAGAGGUGAACUGUGGGAUUAUUGGUAUGAAGUAAAGCAACGAGUCAAAGAGCUUUCAGGAAGUGUCACGAGACGCAUUCAAAUUCCACAUGACCCAAAGAUUAAAGAGUUGCACCUCUAUGAAGGCUUCAUUGCUCGACUGGAGUCUGGUUCCACCAUGCAAAAUUGGUUUCAAAGUGGCCUUCAGUUUUUCGGCUUGCAGAGGUCAAAAGCUGUUGAGGUAUCAGACGCCUGGCAGGCCGCAGCGAGGACUCUGCUCAACAGCAUCUUCCAGAAGUGGUCCCCGUCAGACAAACAGAGCACCAUGAGCUUGUGUGACAGCCUGGAGCAUUUUAUGAUGAGUCUCGGUUCUGCACACACAAGGAUGAAGUUCCUGGACAAUUCUCAACCUCCCAUGGUCAAGACAUCAGAGCUGAUUUGUGAGACUUUGGUUCAGAUCUUAAAAGGCGAGCAGAAGGAGAAACUCCCAGGCAACUGGAGGAGCUCCAGUUCUCUUGCUCAGGGCAUGUCUGUGUUCAUGGUUACCAGGAAGUGUAAUAUCAAUCUUGGAGUGAGAGGCUGGGCGAAGCUGUGUCUCCUGGUGUCCUCAGAGGCCACGAUGGACAAAACAAACUUGGACUGGUUUCUCAGUUCUUUCCAAAAUGCGCAAUUCAUUGUGUUGGGUCUGAUGAACAUCUGUGUGGAGCAGUCAGUGCCGGAGCUCGUCCUGCUCGUUCCUCUGCUCUUCAGGCUCAGACAGCCGGGAGCAGACGCUAUGAAACUGGGUCCAGCUGUGGAGGAGGAGAACUGGUCGGGACUCGAAAAUGUCAAGUUCAGCAGGUUCAGGGAGAGUAUACAGCUCCACUCUGACCAAAGAAAGAGAAUGCUGAGUCUGAUCCAGACACGCUUGUCUCUGGCUAAAGAGGAGCCUCUGCUCCUGAUGAGCUGGUUAUCUCUGGUUGCAUUCGAUGAUCUUCCCGAAUUUUCAGACCUGGCGGGAGUACCUGCAGAACACCUGAUCCAGAGUCUGCUGUACCGGCUACGAAAAUGUGGCGAGAUAAGGGAUAACAACAGAGCACAGGACACUGUAAAGCACACUGAGAAAUCCUUGACUCAUAUACUGCAGAAGGUAGACAAAGAGAAGGACAGAAUGAUGGACUCUGGAAACAUCAAGCCAGCCUUCAUGAGCAGCAUCAGUGUGAUGAAGAGCACAUGUGGGAUGGUGCGUCUCGUCCCGUGGUACCCGGCUGCAGUCCUGUCCUACCAGCUGGUGUUGAAACUGGCAGAGAUUUUGGAUUCCAAACUGAAGACAGAGUCCUCAGAGGAUGAGUUUGAGACCUUAAGGCAGAAGCUCUUGGAUGAGCUACGCGCCGUGCAGCAGCAGAUCAGCGAGUGGAGAGAUGAACUUCUGCAAAAAUCCCUCAUGACGACAUCCAAAUCACUCACCUACCCAAAGGAAAUUGAGUUGUGGGAUGCGCUGCUGAAGGUGGAAUGCUCCAUCGAGGAGGUUUCAUCCGGUUGGAGGCUGAGCCUGAGAAAAGACCUGAAGAAGAGGAUUUCCAAGGCCGGUGACGAGGACAAAGUCCUGCUCUGCUGUCUCGACUCAUCCUUGGCAGCUAUAAGGAGAAGUGAUGAUGAUGUACAGACCUGUUUCGAUGAGCUGUGUCACUCUGCUAUCAAGACAAUCUGCCAGAGAGGGCAGGAGGGAGACCUGAUGCGGACUCUCAGCUCUAAGGUGAAGGACCUCCCUGAUGUUGUCUUGUCUGCUGUUGUCGUUGAGUCAGCGGCACGAUUCAGAGACAACUCUGUCGUCCAGCUGCUCGAUCCGCAGUCCGCCAUGAACCACCUGCUGUCUCACAUGUCAUCGUUUGGCCCAGGUGAUUGGAAGUCGAUCCACGUGGAUGACGCUGCCGGUCAGGUCGUCCACAGCUGUCUGACUGCGCUGCACUCUCUGGUGGAGUCUCUGCUUCAGGGACAUGUGCUCCUGGGACACCUACAGAGCUGCCUGAAACAUAGGGAGCAGUUUAAGAGACUUCACCUGCAGUACAAGAAAAACAAGGCGGUUCCUGUCGAUGCAGAUUUUGUUCUGGCUCAGAGAGAGAAGGACCUGAACUCUUUCAAGCAGAGGAAACAGCAGAUGGACACACUGAUUAAGAUGAUGGCAAAGGUUACGGAAAGCAUCACAGUUCCUGAGAUGUCGACUCUGGAGGAGCAGCACAGCGCAGACCUCCAGACCGUGAGCCUGAACAAACUGGUGCUCGUUCAGUCCUUUGAUGCAGAGGGGAAGCUGGGGAAGACGGGCCCCUCUCAGGUCCUCUGGUAUAAGAUCAGUAUGAAUGCUCUGAAAAUGGCCAGUGAGAUGCACAAACUGCAUCACAGCAACCUGAUUCUGUCCUCCUGGGUCCAGGGGGCUGCAUCUUUGGCCUCAUCGAGGCAACCCUGCUUAGCUCCCGUUCAAGUCACCCUAACACAGGUCUGUGAAAACAUCUGGAGGCCGCUGCUGACAGAGUUCUGCCAGCUUGGCGUCAGCAUUGCAAAUGCAAACAUCACUUUCAGGCAGCUCGAUCAGGUUCUGGUGGAGUCUGGUGACCAGGGAGACGGGAAACUACUGAAGAAGGAGCUGAGUGUGAUGUCACAGAUGGUUUGUGAGUCAGGACGGUUCAAGCCUGAGGAGGACUGGGUGGGGCUGAGGCUGGGUCAGAUCCAGGAGUACCGACAGCUCCACGAGGCCGCAGCUGCAGCCAGCGCAAUGCUGAGAAUCGCUGAGAAAAUGAGGCUUUCUGGGAACUUCACAGAAAUUGACACUCUGAGCCAACUGGAAGAAGAGACAUUUAAGCAGAGGACCCUGGGGUCCCUCAGUGAUGACCUGUUGCGUGCCAAACAGCAACUCUCCACAGUCACAAAGCGGCACACCGCCUGCCUGGAAGAGUUUCUAGCGAGCCAAACUCUGGUCAGCUGGGUCAGAGAGAACCUAAAGGACAUGAGCGAUGUGAAGGUGUAUGUCGACCUGGCUUCCAUAUCUGCUGGAGAGAACGACAGAGAGAUCGACCAGGUGGCCUGUUUCCAUGACGCAGUGAUGGGCUACGCUCCUCUGCUCUACUCCCUGUCCCCCCGAGCUGGCUUUGAGGACUUCAUGAGGUGUGCUCAGCAGGUGUGGGACACCCAAAACAGAGAUGAGAAGCUGCCAGACAAACUGAGAGAGUCGACUCGCCUGCUGAGCUGGUUGAAAGAAAUGAAGGAGACUCAUGGCUCUGUGGAGCAGUCCUCUCUGUCCUUGGCUUCUUCUAUUAAUGCUCAUGGAGUUUAUCACAUAGGAUGGUCUGAUCUCAACACGGAGAAGAGAUGUCUACAAAACAUGGUGCAGGUCACAGUGAAAAUGGGACGAGAGGAGAAGAGCUACAAGCUUGAGGACCUGCUGGAGCUGCAGAACAAACUCAUGCUCAUGUCGUCUAAAGGGGAGCAUGGCAGAGAGCAAGUCAACAGGUUCACUGAGGUCUUUGAAGGAGUUCAGAGACUGGGCACCAUCCUUCUCCAGAUGCAAACAUCUGGCAACAUGCUCUUCAGGGAAUGGCGUGCUGAGGUCGAGUGCUGCCCACAACAGCAGCCGUGCAUCAAAGCCAACUUCUUAUCCCUGCAGGGUAAGGAGAUGACGUACUACGGCGAGGUGACUGAGCAGCUACAGAAGCUGUCUAACUCCAUGGACAGCUGCCAAAAGGAAUGGCGCUCCUUCAUCAGUGAGAUGCGCUCCACCUUCAGCUUGCUGAACCACUACACCUCAGAGCAGAUGGUGUACCUGUGCCAAUGGAUACACAAAGUGUGUCAACGGCAGGCAGCGGUUCCUCCACAGCUGUGGCAUCUGCUUUGCCCCAUAAAGCCUCAGUGCACUCUAACUGAUGUGAGAGUUGCUUACAUUAAUGCAGCAAGUAUGACCUCAAACCAAGACGAACUGGAAGAUGUUGAGUUUGAUGAUGAUGAUGAAGAUCAGUCGGUUUUAACACCAGCUUUACGGGGACACACUGAAGAGGACGUGGAAGAGGCUCACGAUUUGAUGGAGUUCUCAUCAGAGGAUGAACAUGAUGGUGCCAUGAAAUGUGAUGAUGAUGCUGCAGAGAGCUCUCUACUCGAGAAGUGUGAUGAGGACAGUCUUGAAGAUCUCUGGUGUAGAUUCAAGAACAACAUGUCCCAGUACCUCAACGAAUACUUGGACAUCUCCUCUUUGGGCCGCUUCCUCUCGUGCCUCUCUGAAAUGAACCAGCAACACAUGAUCAGGAACCUUCCACCGGUUCUUCAGGAGGGAAAGCCCAAUCUUGUGGUUUGUCCCAGUGCAGAAGUUUUUACCACCGUCCUGUCUUUUUACAUGCAGAGUCCAGAACAGCCUCUGCCGUCUACUGAUGAGGUUCUAGUCUGCAGGGAGGAAACCACGGAGGAGGAGGUGGAGAUCUUUCUCCGCAGAGCUCUCAGCCAAGGCAGACAAAACUGGCAGAAGAUAUACUCUCUUGUCAAUCCGGGGCUGCUGGGAUAUGAUGUCAGUGUGGCUUUGGGGGAGCUGUUUGAGGGUCUUGAGAGAAGUGCCAACCCACAUUAUCGCUUGAUAAUAGUCAGCCCGGUUGUGCACCAACACAGAUAUGUGCCCUCUUUCUUCAGCAAUGACAAAGUACAGGCUGGUGUGGGUCUAACACCAGAGACUGCCAGAAAAUAUCUACAUCACCACUUCUCGCAAAACACGUUUCCACAAAACCCUGUCGCACAGAUUUCUCCUGAUCAGCUCUCAGUGUGGAUGGUGUCAUCUGUGCGCCCUGCAGUUGGGAAAUCCCUUUAUGUGGAUCGUUUGUUUGAGAAGUUCCAGCAGAAAUCUCCCAGAGCAAAACAUAUCAGGAUCAGACUGAUUGAGCCAUGCGUUGAUACCAACUCCCUGAUUAAGAGUCUAUCAGAGAGACUUGCACCCUUGAGAGAGCAUGACCCAGUUCUCCUUCACAUUGACACCGCUGGAGUUCGUUCAGGUCUGGAGGAGCUCCUGUUCCAUCUCUUGGUUCUGGGCUGUUUGAGCGACAGCCAUGGCAUGCUGUGGAGAAGGAACGCAGCUCACUUGAUCACUGUGGAGGUCCUACGAGCAAAUACGUCCCCUCACAUCCAGCUAAAACAGAUGAGGCUUGGACUUCUUGACAUUCUGCCUACCAUCCAUUGCAGACCUCCAAAAGAGUUGUUGUCCAGUAGAGCGGGGUUGACAAGAAAGACCUUUGAUCCACUCAUGGAUGAGCAGGAGUUUUGCAGCGAGGGGAUUCAAAGACCCUAUCAGUACUUGAAGCUCCACAGAAGGAAUCAGAAUCUGGAUCGUUUUAUGUACCAGGAAGGAUCCAGAAUGGGGGAUCCUGCCGAUUGUGUCAAUCACUUUCUGUUUUACUGUGGAAUGCAAGAUCCAUCCUGGGCUGAGCUGAAGAACUUCUCCUGGUUCCUCAAUGUGCAACUGAAAGACUGCGAGAACUCAGUUUUCUGUGAUCCAGAUUUUCUGGCCAACCAGCUGCCUGGUUUCAAGGGCUUCAUUGUGAAGUUCAUGAUUCUAAUGGCGAGAGAUUUUGCCACGCCAUCACUGAACACAUCUGAUGAAAGUCCCAGGCUGCAAUUUGAGAACAGUUUGGAGGAUGACCUUCUUGCCCGUCUGACAAUUCGUAAACACUGGGAAAAUGAGUCUCAUCCAUACAUUUUCUUCAAUGCAGACCGAUUCUCAAUGUCUUUCCUCGGCUUUAAUGUGAGGACAAGUCAAAGGGGAAAUACAAUCAAUGCAGUUGAUCCUCACAGUGGCAAGGUCCUGAUAGAAGAUGUGAUGUCACAAAACCUUUUUCAAGGUUUGGAACGGCAACAGAUCUGUCUCACUGAAGAUUUUGAUCAGCUGCCUCGGUCAGACAAAAUCAAAAGGAUUUCUUGUGUUGUCGGUGCAGAGAGAGGAAUGAUGGACAGACGCUUUGAUCCAGACCCAACGUAUGAGCUCACUGCUGACAAUGUGAUGAAGAUGUUGGCCAUACACAUGAGAUUCCGCUGUGGAAUUCCAGUUGUCAUCAUGGGAGAGACCGGCUGUGGAAAAACCCGAUUGGUCAGUUUCCUUUGUGCUCUGCAGAGGGAGGAACAACCAGUGGAGAACAUGGUGCUUGUCAAGGUACAUGGUGGAACAACAGCAGAGAUGAUCUACAGAAAGGUGAGGGAGGCGGAGAUACUUGCUGAGAAGAAUCGUAAACUGCACAAGCUAGACACCAUCUUGUUUUUUGAUGAAGGCAACACUACAGAGGCCAUUUUUGCCAUCAAGGAAAUCCUGUGUGACCGAUCAAUGAAAGGGGAACCCCUGCAGGCAGGCAGUGGCUUGAAGAUAAUAGCUGCUUGUAAUCCUUACAGGAAGCACUCACCUGAAAUGGUGGAACGCUUGGAACGUGCAGGUUUAGGAUACAGGGUGAAGGCAGAUGAAACAGAGGACCGCCUUGGCAAAGUCCCUCUGAGGCAGCUGGUGUACAGAGUUCAUCCUCUGCCUCCAAGCAUGGCUUCUUUGGUGUGGGACUUUGGUCAGUUGAGUGAUUCAACUGAACUUUCCUACAUCAAACAGAUUGUCCAGAAGCAAGUUGACGACCAUCGUUUGCCAGUGAUCUGCAAGGACAUUAUUUCAUGUGUGCUGGCAGCCUCCCAGAGAUACAUGCGAAGUCGGAAAAACGAGUGCAGUUUUGUGAGUCUCAGAGAUGUGGAAAGGUCUAUGAAAGUGCUAGUUUGGUUUUACCAGCACAGCGAAGACCUUUUCACCAACUGCUCUCGUCUCAGUGCAACUCAUAAAACACUGAAGUGCUUGAUCCUUUCAGUUGGAGUCUGCUACUACCCAUCUCUGGUGGCCAAAGAGCUGUACCUCUCCAAAAUUUGUCAAUACUUUCCAGAACCUCUCAACUCUCCAGCAGCACUGCAGGAAGAGAUUUCAUCCUGUCAAGACUUGUUCCUUAAGAACAUACAGACGAGGGAGACCAUAGCCAAAAAUAUUGCACUGAAAGAGAAUGUGUUUCUCAUGGUGGUUUGCAUUGAGCUCAGGAUCCCACUCUUUCUGGUUGGCAAACCAGGCAGCUCCAAGUCGCUGGCUAAAACAGUGGUUGCUGAUGCCAUGCAGGGCCAGAACUCCCACUGUGAACUAUUCAAGAAGCUCAAGCAAGUUCAUAUGGUCUCCUUCCAGUGCAGUCCUCACUCAAGUCCAGAGGGCAUCAUAGGGACAUUCAGGAACUGCGCCCGCUUCCAGAAGGACAAAAACAUGGACGAGUAUGUGUCAGUGGUGGUGCUUGAUGAGAUAGGGCUAGCAGAGGAUUCUCCUCAGAUGCCCCUGAAGACCCUUCAUCCUCUCUUGGAGGAUGGUUGCAUUGACACCGACAAGCCAGAUCCACACAUGAAGGUUGGCUUUGUUGGCAUUUCCAACUGGGCUCUCGACCCAGCAAAGAUGAACAGAGGAAUAUUUGUGUCGAGAUGGGAUCCAAGUGAGGAUGAACUUGUGGAAACUGCCAAGGGAAUUUGUUCAUCCUCCAACCAAAUUCUCCUGAAAAUCAAACACCUGUUCCCAUCCUUGGCAAAGGCCUUCCUGAGUAUCUGCAAUGAGACCACAAAGAAUCAGUUCUUUGGACUAAGGGAUUAUUAUAGCCUAGUCAAAAUGCUCUUUGCCGUUGUCAAAUCAACCGAUCAAGAGCCAGAUGGCAGACAGCUGGUAGAGGCCAUCUUGCGUAACUUCAGCGGACAGCCAGAGGGUUUUGACUCAGUCUCGUUUUUCCAAGAGGUCCUCCAGAACGUAAUGGAAAUUCAAAGACCAAGCACUUUGCAAAUGGUGAAAAAGAAUCUUGACUACGACACCAACCAUGAGAGCCGUUACCUCCUCUUGCUGACCACCAACAAUGCAGCACUCCACAUCCUUCAGCAGCAAAUCUUUGCCAAAGGAGACUAUCCCCCGCCUGAAAUAGUCUUUGGCUCAGGAUUCCCAAAGGACCAGGAAUAUGCCCAAAUCUGCCGCAAUGUUAACCGGGUGAAAACAUGCAUGGAGACUGGACGCACUGUCAUCCUCCUCAACAUGCAAAAUCUUUACGAAAGCCUGUACGAUGCCUUGAAUCAGUACUAUGUCUACCUCAGUAAGCAGCAAUACGUUGAUCUUGGUCUCGGCUCCCACAGAGUCAAAUGUCGUGUCCAUCCAAACUUCAGGCUAGUGGUAGUGGAGGACCAGAAGAAGGUCUAUGAGCACUUUCCCAUGCCACUCAUCAACAGGCUUGAAAAACACAAGGUGGAUAGGAGUACCGACCUGGAACCAUGGCAACUCAGGGUUCUCCACAAACUUAAGGAGUGGGUGAAGGAAUUCUCCGGUGAGGCCUCAGAGGACUUCAAGCUGUCUGACAUUUUUGUCGGCUACCAUGGCGAUGCCUGUGCCAGCGCUCUUCUGCAAGCACUAGAAAGGAGAGGACAAAAAGCUGAAGACAGUGCAGUAAGACAACAGAAGGAAAAAGAUGACCUGAUGGAAGAAGAUGAACCAGACACAACACCUGAAUCAAACUCCAGGGAACAGGAAGAGGUAACUGAUAAGGAGGACGAUCAGUUAGGUGAUGCAAUGGACAUAGAGAUUGUCGAAACAAAACAAGAAAUUGAGCCGAUGGAAAAGAAUGAUGAUGAAUCCACUCAGGAAUGUGAUGACGAGACCAAAGUGAUGCCUGAGAGCGAAGAAUUGAUGGAGACAGAAAACGCUGUUGGGUUUGCUGCAGAAAAUGAGGAGGAAGAAGUCUUUGAUUUAGCAAAACAUCUCUUGUUGAACUGUGCCACCCCUGACGCUGUCAUGAGGCUCAAAUAUUCAGAUUUAGCCAACCAGGAGAAGGAGAAACUCCAGAGAAUAUACUUCCAGCAGCAGCAUCACCACUGUCUCCGAGACUUCCUGCAAGAUUGCCUGAAGAAGCAUCAGGAGUCCAGCAAGUUCCUAGAGAUAACCACUUUCUCCAGCUUGCUGACCAGACUGGAUGUGAAGGUUGUAGCCCAUGCCUUAGGACUGCAUACGGACAGGAUCCUCCUGCUCUCACUUCACCAGUUUGACACUGAGGUUUCCUUCUGCAACAAGAUACGGGGCUUCCUUCAAGGUGCUGGCCACUCUCUUGACAUCCUGUUAAUCCAGAUGGACCUUGAGGAGUCCCACUGCAGCGAUGAGCUCAUAGCAUCAGCAAAAUACUGCACCAUGAACUACCUGAUGUCACUGGAGGACCAGACCUGUUGGGUGAUUUUCAUCGUGAAGGUUUCCAGGAUUCCAAGUCAGUCUCAGUACAUCGGUUUCCAGGGAGGAGUCUGGCACUCGGUGCACAUUGACGACCUGAGGGAUUCACAGGACAUGAGCCUGAACCUGUUGGUUUUCUGUGGGACUCUCAUCAGCAACCUGCUCAAUCCUACACUGUCAGAAAACCAUGAUGAUGGAGAAAUGGUGAGGAAUAGACAACUCUCUCAGAUAGAUACAAAUGGAAAUAGAGCCCACCUCCACAGCCUAUCCUUAGUGAGAUCAUGUAUCCAGAAAGCUGUGGGUUUGCUAAGAGACCCUGAUGACGUGACAUCGCGAAGCAUGCAGCGGAUGCACAUCCUUCUCACUCUUCUGGGAAGUGGUCAAGCAUAUGUAGCAGGUCACUUUCAGGAGGUGUUGUUGAGAAGACUGGCGGAGGCCUUGGCACAGAGAGAAGAAAUGAUGGGCUCUCCGAAGGAGUGGGUGAAUAGAGAAGCCAAGAAACGGCAGGCUCUGCAGGAGGGGGGGACUCUGAGACACACCCUGUGGCGAUGUCUUCAGUCCACCGUUACUCCAAUCUUGGCCAACAUGUUGGAAGUCAUGGACAGGUAUGCAAAUCUGGACCUGCUCUCCGACGACAGGCUCAGCCAAGGUCUGAUCAAGCUGUGGUUGGACAUCCUGGCAGAUUCACAGAUUGUAAGCCUGACACCUCACCAGAACCCAAGUGAGUCCGACCAGGAGGUGCUUGUGCAUCACUACUUCAUGCUGGAUGGAGUAGAACAACCCUGCGCUGCUCCGUUCAGCUGGCUCAUCACAAUGCACCUUGAGAGCUUGUGGGAAGAGUCAGAGUUUAUGCCAGUAACAAAAGAGGACGGCACAGGGAGGAUUCUCCAGUUUGUGAGCACCUUCGCCAGCAGCAGGCCGAACAGUCACUUACAGAACCUCUCACACGAGGAGAGAUCAGAGUACGGCCAUCACUAUCUGCAAGACUUCCUGCUGCUCUCUCUGAAGAUCAACUCAAAGGAUCAGCUAAGGGUGUUCACCAGGGCCUUGCAGGGCUGUGUGACUGAGCUUCAGACGUCCAUGGGUGUCGCCACUGAGCUCUCUCCUGCUUGGAUAAUGGCUGCUGCCAAACAUUAUGCCCCCAGACUGGACACUCUCUGCCACAUAUUUCUACUGCAGCCACAGUUAGCCACCAUAUUUCAUCAGGGGUUCAAGACGGAGCCUCAAGAAAUGGUGGAGGACAUUCAAGUUCUCGGUGUCUGUGUCGAGCAGACCAAACUUCUGACUGUGACGUCGCUGCAGGAGUGCAAGGCCUUUGUGAGAAGGGUGGAGUUUCUACAGCCGUGUUUGGACAGACUGUUUGGUCAGAAAUACCGAACCCUCUGCAGCCCCAGCUGUCUGCAACAUCUGGACUCCAUCAGGUCUCUGUGGCGGGGGAUGCUGGUCGUCACAUCCUUCAUCCAGCACAUCCUUUUUAAAGUUAAACGUGACGACUCGAGAUUGAAAGAACUGGCUCUCAAACACUGCAACCUUCACCUGAACCUGAUUCAGGGCUCACCUGAUGUAGGGAGUGUGGAAACACUGCAGCAGCUGAUCCGGAUCCUCAAUUCUUUUCACGAGGAGUGUAUCAGCAGGGAUCUGAGGUUUGGCAUCUCCUGCCCAGUUUGCCUGUCGGAGCUCACACAGCCGUCAGUCCUGCCCUGCCAGCACGUCGUCUGUCUGCCGUGUCUCCAACGCUCGAUUCAGCCAGACAAACGCUCUUGUCCUAAGUGCAGGACAGACCUUCCGGCCGACUUCAAGCCAACUGUUUCUCACACUCACAAGGCAGCUCUCCAGCAGCAGGCAGCGAUCAGGGACUGCUGUAACUCCUUCUUCCUGGAGGUGGUGUCCAGGUUCUGUCUGUCAGAGGGGCAGACGCCUGCAGAGGGAGUGGUGGAGCUGCUCUUCUCCAUCCUCGUCUCUGCCAACGGAGACGUGUACAGGACCAGACAGCUCACUCCCUUCCUGGAGUGUGUGGAUAACAGUCCAGUGGUGCGAUCAGUGCUGCCAAAGCUGCUGCUGCAGUACAGUUUUGAGCAGGUGAAGACUCACAUUCAGACGUACCUGAAGAAACUGGAGGAGAAUCUUCUAACCAGAGAAGACCGAACUGAACUCUACCUGCUGUUUGUCAACUGCUUCCAGGACUCUCUGCUGUGUUCAGAAGCAAGAGAAGUGAAACAGAGCGCAGAACAACAAAGGCAGGCAGAGAUCAGAUUCCUGAGCAGGAUCGCCAGGAAACAAACUUCAGACAGACGAGAAGACCCGGCAGAGUUCCUGCUCAACAUCGCCCAGCUGAGGAUAUGUCUAUACACCGCCGCCCAGCUGCUGGAGAGAGCAGCAGUUCAAGGCAGACCUAAAGACGUGGAGGCUCGGUACCUGCAGCAGGUGAGGGCGGUGUGUGAGUACUGCGGGAAUAACUGGCACAGGGUUUACCUGCUUCGAGCACUCCACAGACUCUCAGGUGUGGACUGCAUACUGUCCCUGAUGAACAACCCCACCUGGAGAUGGGUCUUCCCCGCAGAGCUCCUCCGACUUCAGAGGAUGACUCUGACGAAUGUGGACCAGCUCCUCUGCUGUGGGACGCCAUAUCGAGCUGUGAGAGACGCCGUGGCCAACGUUCUGCUGAAGAACACACCUGACACCUUCAUGACACAAAUACAGAAGCUGAAAGGUUCUCAGAUCAGUCUCGUGGCCCUCGCCUUGUUCAAACAGGUCACCUGCCGCUACAAAUCACCUGACGUCAACAUGCAUCUCUCCCCGCAGGACAUGGCACAACUGCGGGGGCUCCUGAAACACAUCAAGUCGCAGGAGUUCAGAGAGUUCUGCGCUGCGCUUCUGUCAAACCAGAUCGGAGGACCGGGUUCAGGUCUCCGCAUCAGCCCGGACCUCUCACCUCAGAGACAAACUCUGCUGGAGCUGCUGGUCCAUCUGGACUCUGUGAUCUUCAGUGGGAAUCCUCUGCUGGUUCCUCUUCAUCAGAUCGCCUCCCAGCCGCAGAACGUCACACACUCCUUUCUGCCGACGAUGCCCGAUGAUCACACAAGUGAAGCCAGACAGUGGUUGACUAGAGACACGAGAGCACAGAUGUAUCUUUGUGCCAACGGACAUCCGUGUGUUGUGACAGAGUGUGGUAGACCAGUGGUUACAGCACGAUGUCCAGACUGUGGAGUCCCAAUCGGUGGAGUGAAUCACAACCCUGUACAUGGAUUUACAGCACAACAAAACAUCACAGAUCAAACUCGGACAGGACACGUGUUAGGAGAGGCUCAUCAGAGGUCUGAAGCCCCUGAAAGACAGAUGACCUCCGCUCAGUCCUGCAUCCUGCGGCUCCUCACACACCUCGCCAUGCUUCAGGGCGCUGUCAGAAACAACAGAGGGGUCAGUGACAUGAUCGACCCCAGGCCCCGUGAUGUUUUCACCUUCCUGUGGAGCCACCUUGAGAAGGACAUGCGUGUGUUGGGGCAGAGUCUGGAUCAGAACAUGGACAACACGGCGGUUACAGUUCAUCUGAUCCUCAAUGCCUGCACAAAGUUCACUGCAGGUUCCCGCGGAGCAGGAGCAGAUCUGUCCUCCAGGCAGGGACGGCAACGCUGGGAGAAACUCGUCUGUGACUCUGCCAUCAACCCAGUACUUCAAAAUUUGCAGAGGAAUCUGUCUGAAGCUCAGGAGAGAAUCAGUGAUGACGAUGGACUCGCUGGAGGUCCCCUGAUGAAUCUCCUCUUUAAAGACCCUGCGAACAUGUUGUCGCUCCCCUCUGACUGCCCGACACAUCGCUCCUCCUUCUGGACUCUCCCCGAGAUGAUGACAGUGGAGCGCCUCUGUCAGCUGGUGGGAGAAGCGCAGGCACACAGCUCCUUACCCCUGCUGAGCCUCUUCCUCAAGAAGAUCCACUGUGUGAGGCAGUUACACCACCUGCCUGAGCUGGCUGCUCUACAGUCAGACCUGCUGAGGGUGUUUCCUCUGACGUCAGACUCUGCAGAUCAAACUAUUACCCAGAUGUUACAGCGGAUACCAGCAGGAUGCCAGAAGAAGACGCUGAUGGAGAGGGUGGAGAGAUUCAUCAAGGUGUGGAACUGCCUCAGAGUGGAGGUGGCAAACAACUCAGCAGAUUUGGGUGUGGAUGUGACCUUGUGUGAGAAGGAGCUGACGAAAGAGAGCUCUGGAGAGUUUCUGACACCGUGCCGAUACGGACCGGGGUCAUGUCUCCGAACUCUGGUCGACUUCCUGUCGGAGACUCACAACAGCCUGGUGAGAGCGAGCGGCCGAGAGGACAGUGAGUACAGUGUUCCUUUAGAGAGGAUAUCAGAGACCCAGCUGACCCUCUGCAGCCCAGAAAGAGAGCUGCUCCCUCUGGUUUUAUCCCACUGCCACUACACCCUGAGGAAAGGUGGCGAGACAGACAGCACCUAUGACCUGCUGGGCAUCCAGACCCAGCUGGCCCGCCGCUUCCUGGCUGGAAAACCACUUAUCCGAGCGGACACUUCGAGGUACCUGAACAGACACCUGCAGGACUUCUCUCUGGUUCUAAACGAGGUCAGAGGCAAGAUUCACCAGGAGCCGCUGAAGGGUUCGGUGAGCAGCGCCAUGAGGACGGUGCUGCGUUCAUACACAGACGUUUGUGACGCCGUGUUUGUGGUGGAGAUCGGCCUCCGCUUUCUCGGCAAGACUGGCGGGGAUCCACGAGGUCAGCUUCUGACCUACCUCACUGAUUCGCUGCAGAUGAAACCGCAGAUUUCCAGCGCUGUAGCCAAGGGUCUUGGAGAUAGCAAACUUGAAAACAGCAUAUUCACCUGGCAGCUCCUGACUGCGUGGAAAUCUGAGCUGAUGCUGAACAGGAACCAAGACCCGUUUCAGAGGCUGCCCUCAGAGUUCCAGCAGAAGCUGUCUGAGGACGAGAGGAAGGGCCUGAAGGUCUUCCUCGCUGUCACAGAUGUUGAGACUUUCUCUCUGGAGCUGCAUGAAAUUCUGCUGCUGAAGACGAGCAAUGCUGUGCCUGAGGAGGGUUACCGGCCACACUGGGACCUCAGGUCCACCCUAGAGGUCCAUUUGGAGCAGAACGACCUUCCACCGCUGCAGGAGCUCGACUCUUUACCAGAGGACAUCACAGUGGGACAAGGGGCAGACGUGUGGAGGGCUGCUGUAGAGUUCAAACGGAGAUAAAUUGUCUCAGCUGAAUAUUUUUGAUCUUUGAUGUCAAUUCAUUGUGUUGCUACUGAUAUAUUACUAAUGGGGUGUCUGGAUUAAGACUGGGUGUCUGUGAUAAAUGCAUUCCAUAUAAAGGGCAUGUUGUUAAAUGUUUCUGUAUAUUUGUUUUUCAAAACUGUCUUUAUUUACAAUGAGGCAUUGUAAUAAUUGUCAUACAAAAAAAUAAGAUAAAUAAAAGACAACUUUGUAGAAGCCA